UUACAUCAUUGUUGAAUGGCUGUGGAGAGUCUGGGUGAGAAUAUACACUGUAUGAUCAAAAAAUAACCGUAGAUUAAAGUAACCGCAAUGUCCGGGAGAGGCAAAACAGGAGGGAAAGCGCGCGCUAAGGCUAAAUCACGGUCGUCAAGAGCUGGUUUACAGUUCCCUGUAGGACGAGUUCACAGACUUCUUCGCAAGGGUAACUACGCCGAACGCGUUGGCGCUGGAGCUCCAGUAUAUCUGGCAGCUGUACUGGAAUAUCUGACAGCUGAGAUCCUGGAAUUGGCAGGCAACGCCGCCAGAGACAACAAGAAAACAAGAAUCAUUCCGCGCCACCUGCAACUAGCUGUGCGCAACGACGAAGAACUUAACAAACUCCUUGGUGGUGUGACCAUUGCUCAAGGAGGAGUACUGCCAAAUAUCCAGGCCGUGCUUUUGCCUAAGAAAACGGAGAAGCCAGCAAAAAGCAAAUGAUCACAAGUACCGUGGGCAUGAAAGCCCAGCGCCUCUGAGAGAAGACACUAGUCAUCAGUCUCUCAUAAAGAACAUUUCCUACAACGCUGUUAUGGGUUGAAAAACGUUUUGUGUGAUUUGAAAAUUGUGUAAGUUCAUUUUCGUUAGCUCAAACUCAGAAGUGAAAUGGUAGCAGUUCUGCGGGCCCAUUUGACGCACUCCAUGAACAGGACCAAAGAGGUAUGGAGCACAACACGACGACGAACAGCCAUUUUGGACCUCUGUGGAUUGUAAAAUGGGAUUCUUGCCCUUAACUUGUCACUACCCAGUCAGUGACCGACAGUUUGGACACAGCGUAUGGCUAUAAGCAGAUGUCAGAUAGAUUUUAUUUUUGCUUUAUUCGUCGUGCUGAACUGUGGGGAAUUGUGUUUUCAAUAAAUGUUUUGUUAAGGUGUUUUAA